GAUUUGAAGUGAUGAUGCAUUCAUUACACAGACAUGUGAUUACAUUUUAUUGCAUAACUUGGGAAAAGGACGACGAGACGUAAAAAUACUGAGGGGAGAAAGGUGUUUUGUUCAGUGAGAAGAACAGACUGCCCUGAACAGGAAAAAACAACACAGGAUGUAUCGACUCGCUCUCCUCUGUGUGCUGGCGACUGUUUCGGUCGCCUGGUCUCGGCCUCACCUCGCGCUUCCCUCCUCAGAGAUGAUCGACUUUAUCAACAAGGCCCGCACCACCUGGACGGCUGGGCAGAACUUCCAUAACGUUGAUAUCAGCUAUGUGAAGGGACUGUGUGGGACCGUACUGAAUGGACCCAAGCUGCCAGAGGUGGUUCAUGAUAUUGAAGGCAUACAGCUUCCAGACAGCUUUGACCCACGCCAGCAGUGGCCCAACUGUCCCACCAUCCAGCAGAUCAGAGACCAGGGCUCGUGUGGUUCCUGCUGGGCCUUUGGGGCAGCUGAGGCGAUAUCCGACAGGUUAUGUAUCCACAGCAGUGCUCAGAUCUCUGUGGAGAUCUCAGCUGAAGAUCUGCUGUCCUGCUGUGAUGAGUGUGGCAUGGGCUGCUUUGGUGGUUUCCCCUCUGCUGCCUGGGAAUUCUGGGCAAAGAAAGGACUCGUGACAGGAGGCCUGUAUGGCUCCAAAGUCGGCUGCAGGCCCUACUCUCUCGCUCCCUGCGAGCAUCACGUGAAUGGAACUCGUCCUCCGUGUCACGGAGAGCAGGAUACUCCCAAGUGUGAGGAGCUGUGCAUCGAUGGAUACUCUCCAUCCUAUCCGAAGGACAAACACUUUGGGAGAAGUACGUACAACGUCCCGUCCCAGCAGGAGCAAAUCAUGACCGAGCUGUACAAGAACGGGCCAGUGGAGGCAGCUUUCUCCGUUUAUGCGGACUUUCUAUUGUAUAAGACUGGCGUUUAUCAGCAUGUGACAGGGGAAAUGCUGGGUGGUCACGCCAUCAAGAUACUGGGCUGGGGAGAGGAGAAUGGGACGCCCUACUGGCUGGCUGCGAACUCCUGGAACAGUGACUGGGGAGACAAAGGUUUCUUCAAGAUCAAGCGUGGAAACGAUGAGUGUGGGAUUGAGUCAGAGGUGGUUGCAGGAAUCCCACUCAACUAGAUAACAAUGCGUCCUGGCUGUAACUGUCUUGACAUUGUUAUAAAUAAACCAUUAUGUUGAUCUCCAGCUUUCAUGUUUAAAGGAAUGAAUCAGACUUUUUACGUGUCAUGAAAUGGACGUUGUGCAUUUGAUGUUAUGGCUAGUGUGUUUCAUCACGGCGGCGGUGGAUUCAAAUACAAUGGAUGGACAGCACAGAGCCUGAGGCCGCACUUCCUGUAAGAUAAACAUUUUGACAAGAAUCUAUACAAACUUACCAAGCACUAUUUGUUCACUUUGUGAUGUGUGCAUUUGUAAAAACAGGUUUUGAACACACAUUUGUUAGAACCCAAAGUUACGAACAAAUCCUUGUAUCAGCAUUAUUCUAAUAAAAGUAGGCCGUGAGAUUCAUGACUGAACAUCAUCAG